AAGAGAGAUUAGAAACUAAUCAAAAGCAAAGAGCCUAUCAAUUCCCUAAAGUGGCUACACACCAAACUAUAUAGCAUAUAAUAAAGUACAAAAAAUGAAAGUGCAAUCAAAUUGUCUAAUUAAUUUAACCCUAUAAAAUACUUAAGAAUUUCCCCCCUCCAAAGCUUUAAAAAACUUUGGCACUUUUGAUAAUCUUAGACAGGGACCAUUAAGUAAGGUAGAAGAGAACACUAUGAAAGCCAAGGAGCGUGUGAUCCAAAGAUUUGCUUACAAAAAAGCACAAUCCUCAUUCUUUUAUACUAAUCUCCUACACCAUUUCCGCUUACAAUAAUAAAACAUAGUCUCUCCUUUCACUGUAUGUUGUUGUUUAUGAAGAAGCUGCUGCAACGUCAUUCGUCUUUGAAACUCGAACAACGAUGCUGCUAAGAAACUCCAUAUCCAACACCAAGAAGUUCUUCCAAAAAACUAUAGAUAAUGUUAAGUCUUUUCUUUCUGUAGGAAGCACUUAUGAAAGGCUGCCUAAAACACCCCCCUUUCACCCCUUCUCCUGUGGGCGCGACACCAAUAGGGGAAGAGAUGGUGAAUCAGGGUACGAUAACGAGUUGGACAAUCUCUACAAUGAGUUUACUCAUCAAUGGGACUCGCGUAAGGGCAAGGUUAAGAAGAAGGCUCAGAAGAAUACGGUUCGUGCAACUGCGAAAAAGAGUCAGCAGUUUUUCUUGGAUCAUUCUUCUCAGAAGGAAAACUGUAAUAACUAUGCUGCAAGAACUGAAGACGAUGUGAAAAAACCAGAGAAAAGGGGUGAUUUUAACAAGGGGAAUUGUGUUUCCAAGGAGAAUAAUAAUGCAGAAAUAAGAGAGGUUUUGAAGAGCAAGGGAUUGAAUGUUAGUCCAGGGAAUAAGAGGAAACCUGAACUGUGUUCGAGGAGCGUCAGAGAAAAUAGGCUGUGUUUUGUAGCAGAGAAAUUGAAGGAGUUAGAAAUGAUGGAUAAGGGGAAUGUUGAUCAUAAGCUUGAUGUCGAAGAGUUUCUUCGUUACUAUUCCCGUCUUACAUGUCCUGCUUACCUUGACAUAGUUGAUAAGUUCCUAGGGGAGAUGUGUACAGAGUUUUUCGGUCCUCAGACGGCAUCUCCAAAGGUAAACAUUUCUAGACCCGUGUUGCAAUCAUUGAAGGGUUAGACAAUGCAGUGCUAGUUUUGGUUUAAACACCGUAUAUUAUUUUGCUGAUCAUUGAAUCCUAGGUUUCUAAUAAUGAUCAAUUUUUUUUUUUCCAAUUUUUUUUUUUUCAACUCAAUGAGUGUACUUUUUAUUAUGUAAUACAAUCUUUAUGUAUGUAAUGAGUAAUGAAUUUUACAGAUGAAGGAAUAACUAUGGUAAGAAAAAGCCAAUGAGCAAGUUUUCAAUA